UCUCCGGAUAAGUCAAGCCAGUCACGUAGCUGGAUGAAGCAGUUAAGUGUGGUCAGUUGAUCGCUUCAGUUUCUCAGAGUUAGUGUUUCGUGGGAUUUUACCCCUGACGUAUUUUUGUUCCAUCACCCCCCCCCCCCCCCCCCCCUCCUGUAAUCUUUUAGUGUUUUAUAGUUCUCGGUCUGUGUAUGUGCGCGAAUGAUUUUUCAAGUCUUAAACGAAGAAGGAUAACUCGGUGAUUGUUUAUUUCUCUCCAAAAUUGAAAAAAUACUUGCAUCAAAAUGCCUGUCUUUCACACGAAAACUAUCGAGAGCAUCUUGGAGCCCGUCGCACAGCAGGUUUCAAGGCUAGUUAUACUACACGAAGAAGCUGAAGAUGGAAAUGCCAUGCCAGAUUUGGAGCGCCCUGUUCAGGCAGUCAGCAGGGCCGUCACCAACCUUGUCAAAGUCGGCAGGGAAACCAUCAAUUCUUCUGACGAUGCUCUACUCAAGCAAGAUAUGCCUAGUGCUUUGUACAGAGUCGAGGGAGCCUCCAGACUGCUCGAAGAAGCUUCGGCCAUGCUCAAACAAGAUCCGUACUCCGGGCCCGCCAGGAAAAAGCUGAUAGAAGGAUCGCGGGGCAUUCUCCAAGGCACAAGCUCUCUCCUUUUGUACUUUGAUGAAAGCGAAGUGAGGAAAAUAAUCCGUGAGUGCAAAAGGGUUCUCGAUUACUUGGCCGUCGCCGAGGUCAUUGAAACGAUGGAAGACCUAGUACAUUUCUUGAAAAAUCUCAGCCCCUGUCUCAGCAAGGUUUCGCGUGAAGUUAGCGCCAGGGAAAAAGAACUCACGCACCAGGUGCAUCGGGAAAUAUUAGUGCGCUGUUUGGAUGAGGUGAAAACACUGGCGCCAAUUCUGAUAUGCUCAAUGAAGAUCUUCAUCCACAUAAUUGGACAUGGAGGAAAGGGUGCAGAAGAGGCGGCGGAGAAUCGAAACUACCUUUCGGGGCGAAUGUCGGACGAGCUUAACGAGAUUAUCAGAGUCUUACAGUUAACGACUUAUGACGAGGAAGAGUGGGAUGCUGAUCAAUUGACGGUCUUGAAAAAAGCGCAAAGUGCCAUCGAAUCACGCAUGAGAGCUGCCCAGGACUGGCUUGAAGAUGGAAGUGCUCUGAGAGGUGGUGUCGGUGAAAAGAGUCUCAGGCAAAUUAUUGAGCAGGCUGAACGUCUCGCCGAACGCUGUCUGGCCCCGUCACAAGCCGAACCAAUCACGAAAUUGACGUCACAAAUUACCACCAUGACUGAUGCUCUCUGCGAACUGCGACAGGAUGGAAAAGGAAACUCACCACAGGCAGAAUCGCUCGCUCGUGCCAUAAAGGACAAACUAAAUGACCUGCGUUCCACGGUUUAUUCGACUAUCGUAGCUGUGGACAAAUCUGGGAUUGCACAAACGGCUCACACAGUCGCAGGCCGAUUAGAGCAGGCUAAUAAGUGGCUUCUUAAUCCUCAAAAUGACGAUAAGGGGCUCGGUCAGAGGGCCAUUGCGCUGAUUGUUCAUGAGGGUAAAAAGAAUCAACAAAAUAUUGCUGACGUGGCCGAAGGCUUGCCCGGGAUUCAUAAGGCAGAGAUACUGAAUCUCUGCGAUGAGGUCGACAACUUGUCUCGUCAACUCGGCGAUCUCUGUGCACACGGUCAAGGAAACACACCGCGAGCUCAGGAUACCGCUCGCCAGUUAUCCCAGAAAUUGUAUGAGCUUAAGAACCGUAUUCAGCAAGCAGUUGUGUCCAGGGUCGUAGAGGACUUUAUCGAUAUUUCUACACCACUGAAACAGUUCACCGAUGCGGUCCUCUCGCUUGAAGGAACUCCUGGACGAGAGCAAAACUUCAACGACAAAGCUCAUGCUCUUCAGACGUUCUCGAACAGAGCUGCUAAAACAGCAAGGAUGGUCGCUGCAGGAGGAAGCGGUGGUAACAAAAAAUUGGCUGAGGCACUGGCGGUUAGCGCUUCUCAGGUGGAAUCAUUGACGCCGCAACUGGUUAAUGCCGGUAGAAUUCGAAUGACCUAUCCGGAGAGUAAGGCGGCUGAUGAACAUUUUGAAAACCUACGUCAACAGUACGCGGAGACGAUCCAGCGGGCGAGGGCUCUCUGCGACGAGGCUACAGACAGCGGAGACUUUAUUCGUACCUCCGAGGAGCAAAUUCAAAAACAUUCGUUCCUCUGUGACGAUGCCAUCAGUAAGAAUCAUCCGCAGAAAAUGGUGGACAACACGGCGGCCAUUGCGAGGCUUGCGAACCGAGUUAUACUCGUUGCGAAACAGGAGAGCGAUAAUAGCGAAGAUCCUGCGUUUAUUCAGCGGGUAAAUCUUGCUGCUGACGGUCUUCAAAAUAGUGUGGCUCCCAUGGUUCAGGAUGCAAAGGCAGUGGCUAUCAACACUAACGAUGGACCGGCUGUCUCUCGCUGGAGGGAAAGCAACAGAGCUCUUCUUUCCAACGUUGGCCAAGUUCGCAAGGCUAUUACCGUCAAUCCAGAUCUGCCACCACCGCCAGAUAUGUCUCAACUGCGAAUCAACAAUGAGGAACAAAUGCCAGGUCAACAGUACAGUUACUUCACAGAUAAAGUUGGGCAGCCUUUACGAAACCAACCAUCACCGAGCAGCUUGCGCGUCACAAGUCCAACUCUGACCGCCAAUAAACCACAGGGGCGUUCUGUCAGUCCUUUGCCAAAAUGGGCUCGCGGAGGAGAUAACCCUGAUCUCCUGUACCAAGAACUGGCUUCUGAGGAUGAAUUAGAACAGUCAAUGCGAGCCCGAGAUAUGGCUCCGCCUCGUCCUCCUCUACCUGGAGGUGAACUGCCACCACCAAGACCGCCGCCACCAGAGACAGAUGAUGAAGAUGAGAUGUUCAUGCACGCGCCGCAGCCAAACCAGCCCAUAAUGAUGGCUGCUCAUGGUCUGCAUCAAGAAGUACGUCAGUGGUCGAGCAAGGAUAAUGACAUUAUAGCUGCUGCGAAGAAAAUGGCUGUCCUGAUGGGCAGAUUGUCUGGCUUGGUCAGGGGCGAGGGAGGCAAUAAGAGAGAUUUGAUUGCCUGUGCUAAAGCGAUCGCAGAAGCGUCACAGGAGGUGACGCGUCUCGCUAAGGAACUAGCCCGGGAAUGUACAGACAAACGUAUUCGUACGAAUCUUCUACAAGUCUGCGAACGCAUACCGACUAUUGGUACACAACUGAAGAUUUUGUCAACAGUGAAAGCUACUAUGCUGGGAGCACAAGAAAUGCUUCCCAGCUGGAAGGAAUUAAUACUACAUGGUACCGAAGAAGAUCAAGAAGCCACAGAUAUGUUGGUCGGAAAUGCUCAGAAUCUUAUGCAAAGUGUUAAGGAAACAGUUCGUGCCGCAGAAUGCGCCAGCAUCAAAAUCCGUACUGCAUCUGGCAUGAAACUACGCUGGGUACGCCGUCAACCUUGGUACCAGUACUGAACGUUCGGAAGAAUGUCGUAUUCGACUUGUUCAGCAUAGUGGGUUUUCAUAGACAUACGUAGAUUAAUACAACAGGAUCAAAGCAAUAUGACAAAUACUAUACAUAUAGGUAUAUUCCAUAUAUGUAUUGCUCAUUGCCUUAUGUGAAUUGCAUAAAAGAAACCAGAUACUACAUGUUGAACUCUCGAACCAACCACUGAAAUCUUUAACGCGAUCCGAGAACUGAAAAAUCAUUUAUUCAAAAGCGUUACUUAUUUCGUAAGUAACGAUACAUUUAAUAAAUUAUCGGCGUGUACGAAAAGAGAUACUGUAUUUAUGCGACAUACCUAUAAAGAAAUACACAUAAAGUGAAACUGUGCAAUUGGAUGUCGAAUGUAGUAAAACAUAUUGAUUAUUACUUUUAUAUUUUCGCGAUUUCAAUAGUGCUCAAUGACUAAAUUAGAGAAUGAAAAAAAUUAAAAAGAAGGCCAACAAUUUGCUGAAAUAUUUUUAUCAAGUACUAAUCUGAUAUUAGACACAUGUGGAUAUUCAGCUUGCUGCAAUAGUUUAUCACACUGCAUCAUCAAACUAUAGAUAAUUUUUUACUUGUGGUGAAAGAACUUGACUGAACUUAGAAUGUGUUGAAUUUUGGAUCGGUCGUUGUGUUCGUUACACCUAAUUUUGUCUGCAAAUUAAAAUAAAUUUUGUCCGACAAUCGCGUGUAGUUGCAUGAUUUUCUACAAUUAAAUGCCUUUCAAGAAAGAGCAAAAUAAAUGGAAAUUAGAAAUUAGAAACAGGGUAUUACAGUAAACUUUACGAAUCAAUGCCUGGUCUAUCAUUUUAUAGGAGUCUAGACGAAUCCAAUCAUGUUUGUUACAUAGAAUAUAAGUGAAAGUAAAUAUUUUAUAAUCGAUCUUCAUCCAUUGAACAAAGAACGAAUAGUUCAUAUUUCACAAAGGCUUGUUAAAAAAUUUUUUGCAUAAUAUUUGAUAUACUAAAUUGCAGUUAUCAAAUCAUCGCACUGUCAUGGCAUUAAUAUUUUUUCACAGAAUCAAUGAAGGUCUCAUGUCAUUAUUAUCUAUAAUAAAAGCAAUUAGUUAGGCUUCCAAUUAAGCUAUGAAUAGCUUCGCAAUGUAGGGUGCAUAUGUAAUCGGUAAUCGUUAUAUGUACGUCUAUGCGAUAUUGUAUAAUCUAUUUUUAUAAUGUCUCGUGCAAUACCUAGGGUCCCUUUAAAUAGUUGUGAUGUUUAUCAAUCCUUAAACGCUGCCUUCUUAUUGUAUGUAUAUUGGUGCUAGUGAGCUGUGCAAUUUUAUGGAUAUCUACAGAUAUAUUAAGAUUGUACUCAACAUAAAUCAGUAGACCUUUAUAUUAAAAAAUGACUCACAGCAAAUUUACACAAUUUAUGAUAACAAUAAUAACAACUUGAGUAACUAAAGUCGGAUUGUUAUUUUUUUUUAAAUAUAUUUAUUAAUUUUAUGAUAACUUAAUUUACUAUAUAUAAAUAUACAAUAUCUUCCUCUGUGCAUCAGUUAUAAUAAAGUAAUUGUCAGUUAGUAA